AUGAGUCUCCGUCCCACCGACGCAGUCCUAAUGCCCCCUCCACCCAAGCUCGGCUCGCCCCGAAGAGCUCAAAGCUGUCCCGAACCGGGCGCUACUGACUCGAGAGCUCCCAAGAAACGUCGACGGUUGAGUGAAGUCCCCGAGACGAAUGAAGAGCUCAUCCAGGCUCUAACCGGAGCUACAUGUAGUCGCUCGCGUGGACGACCCCGUGACCCGACCAAAGCCCCUCUUACUGCCACGCAUGAGCUUCGGAUGCUGAGAGCUCAAGUAGCGAACAUGGAGGAAGAACUCGAAGGUUUGAAGUCCAAGUGGUCGAAGGAGCUGCCCGAACAACGCACUCUGUCAACGGCACGUCAUUCAGCUCGAGAGAAAUACGCGGCUGACUUGUCUGAGAGAGCGCACAACGAACUCCAGCAGCUCCUUCGACAGCAGCAACUCAUGUUCGCUACGCUGCAGACCGCCGUCCUGCACGCCCCUCUUCACUCCAACGGCAACGACAUGUUCGAGGCACUGCACUUCGACACUCAACUUGGGAGUGACCAUCAGCAGCGCGAGAAAAUGCUCACGGCACACAACGAGCGGUCUCUCGCUACGCUGCCGUCUAUCGUCGACAAGUUCUCGCAAAUGGCUAUCGACAAGGCGCUACAGGGACAAGAUGCCACUACCACUGGCAAGUCCGUAAUGCCGCUGUCGCAGAUCAACAUCACCGGCGGCCAGGACUGCACGCUCAUCUCGAGCGUCUUCAUCUCCGAGAUCCCGCACACCUCGCUGGAGGACGUGUACGCUGCCGUGCUGGCGUACUUCGCCGCAAUCCCAACGUCGCUGAAGCGCCACUUCGGAGUCGAUGCAAACCGCACGAGGCUGAACGACGCAGAGUCUAAGGUCGUGUAUCGGCGAUCGACCUUCAAUGGCUCAGGGCUGCCAGCGACUGUGAACAACAUCGUGUGCUCAGAGCUGGCGGCGUCAUACGGAAUGGUCCACAUCGACGCUGUGACGGACGACCCUCUGCACCCUGUGCCCGAGUCGUCUUCGUCGCAGUACGGCAUCUGCGGGCUCACUAUCACGCCUCGGAAGGAGCCCGUGACGGGCAAAACGUCGAGUAUCACGCUGCGCUGGGUGGUGGUAUAUCGCUACAACAUGCUGCCACACGAGCCUGCGGUUCGGGAGGACUUGACGAUCAUUCGACCCAUUCUGAACGGUGACCUGCUGACGGCUUCAAUUUGCAAUUAUAUCCAGGAGCAGCAGACGCACCGCCGAAAAUCCUCAGAGUAA